CAUCAUUGCACCGGUGGUGAUCGCCUCUUGUAUUCCGUAAACGUGCAAGAAAAAAUAACAAAGCGAUAAAGGAAUAACGUUUAAUUAAUGGUAUUUGCUCAUAAGAGUCCGAAGGUCUAGUUGUACGUAAAAUAGUCUGUAAAAGCAUCACCGCUUCGAAGUUCGGGUCUCAGUUUCAGUCAAUAAGUUCAGUGAACGAGUGUCUUGCCCUUUGCACUUUUUCUACGGAGAUGAAGAAGAUCCUCAGCUUCUUAAUGUUACUGUGUGUUGCCAAAGGCAAUCCUGUUGCCUCCUGGGGAGGAUAUCAGUGGAACAUGCCCUACCAGUGGCAAUACCCACCUAGAUAUUCGCCUCCUUUGCUUGGACCAUUCUUUAGACCACCUGGACAAGCUCCUCCACCACCAGGACCACCUUUUUCACCGCCGGGAUAUAACUGUCCUCCACCACCAGAACAUUUUUGUUUACUACCAAAAGAUAUACCUCCGAUAACAUGCCAACAAUUGGUGUAUCUUCAAAGUAAUCAACAAAGUAAUUCCAUGGAUGACAGGUGUAACAUUGGAUUGGUUUGUCGCAAUUCAAAAACGGGUGACAUAACCAUUACCACCCCCUAUGAAGAACCGAUAAUCAUUAGUGGGCAAAGUAACUCUACAAAUCCGGUUACUCCAAAACCUGAUAACACUGAAGAACCUCCUCACCAUGGAGGGGAAGGACUCAUCGAUAUAAGAUCGAAUACAGAAUCAAAAAAAUACUAAAUAAAAAUAGAAUGGAGGAAUU